CGUGUGGUCAUACAUGAAGUGCCGACCCUCUGAGUGUUAUCCGCCAUAUUGGGAACCUUCAUCUGAAAUGGCAAUGGAGGUUUUCUUGAUGGUGCGUCGCUCAAAGACGAGCGUGUUUCUUGAUUGUAAAGAAAGCACGACAGUCAUGGACGUCAAAAAAAUGAUCGAAGGUAUACUUAAGAGACCUCCUGAAGAACAGAGAUUAUUCAAGGGAGAUCAAGUAUUGGAUGAUAAUAAAACUCUUGGUGACUGUGGAUUUACAAACCAGACGGCUAAAGCCCAGACGCCGGCUAUACUUGGUCUUUCUUUUCGUCAAGACGAUGGAGAAUUCGAAUCACUAUGCAUUGAUGCUCUCUCCAGUCCACCAGAACUUCCYGAUGUGAUGAAGCAACAAGACCCAGGUACCUCAAACAGUGAGGGCUCUUAAACAUCCACCAAGCUAGAUAUCCAUUAAUCCUUAUUAAUUUAUCAGUUUUGUGCUGAAAUAUAAAACAGCCACUAUGACCUUGCUCUAAUUUACAGCUCUACAAUGUCUCUGAUAAUUAUGGUGGUACCAGAAUUUUGUCUGAAUAUUUUAAAGCAUUUURAGCAUUCCAGAAAGAGUUGAAUGUCAUUUUCUUUCUAAGGAUUAUUAAGAUGGUUUAUUGGAUUAGGACUUGAUGUACAAAACAUGUUAAGAUUGCAGCACCUUCUCGUGUGAAAAUGUCUUUAGUAAUAGUAUGCUCAAAAUGAAUAUUUUUUCUACUUUCAGUUGUCCUUAUUUAUCUCAAAAUAUGAUAUUCUUUAUUGAUAAAAARUCAGUAUAAAAGAAAGAUGUUUAAGUUCACUUUUCUAAGAUAAGAUCAGCACAAGUAAAAGCACAUUUUGAAAAAUAAGACUAAAGAAAUCAAAGUUAAUAGGGUAAUUUUGUGUGGACUGCGUGAAGGUAGAAGAAUCAUCUUAUGGCCUAAAAUUUUGAAAUAAUGAAAUUAAACUUUUGCUUAAACAGCAA